AACUAAUAAGAGGGAGAGAGUGAAUGCAAACAAGAACAGAGACACCAGAAUCCCAGUUGGAAAACACCUCGCAUCCGAACCAACAUGGACAUGCCAACCAGCUCUCCCAACACCUGGACUGCGAAGGACUGCGACUCCAGUGAUCUGAACAGCUUCUGGAUCUAUUCGUCCAUCUUCACCAUCUCCGCUCUGGGCAUCCCCCUCAACCUGCUGGUGCUCCUGGUCUUCCUGCUCCACCAGAAGAAAUGCAACUCCACUGAAAUCUACCUGAGCAACUUGGCCGCUGCCGAUCUCUUCCUGGUGGUCCUCAUGUGUUUCUGGGGCAUAUACGUGGCCAUUGACCCCCACUCGAGCUUCGAAGGACCCAUGUGUGCAUUUGCCUCUGUUCUAUUCAUCAUGAACUACAACUGCAGCAUCUAUUUUCUCGUUCUGGUUUCCAUUGACCGUUUUUUUGCAUUGGUGUACCCACUGAAGCAAUGCAUACUGCGUAGACGUAAAUACGCGAUCUUGGCUUGCUUUUUGGUUUGGUGCUUUUGUUUGCUACUAAACAUCCCGACUCUUAUAUGCAAAAAAUCUAUAUUACUAAAUGUCUUGCCGUAUAAUGAACCUGAGCCAUACAUAUGCGGUCGGGAUUGUUCUAUCGAUGUCUAUUACAUAAACGAGAUGAUACAAACCAUUAUCGCGUUUAUUAUUCCUCUUCUCAUCAUUUUAUUCUGCACUGUUAAGAUCGUCCACACCCUGACAAGAAGGCUCAGCAACAGAGACAGCACACAACAAACGGAACACAAAGCCACCAUUUUAGUUCUUACUGUGUUUCUAGCUUUCUUUAUCUGCUGGUCGCCAUUUAGCAUAACAAGAAUAAUAGGGCUAGCUGUUCGAAUGAACCUCAUCGAGGAUACGUGUAGCCUAUCGCGUCACUUGUACAACUGCAGAAUUAUCUUCCUCAACUUUGGGUUUUUCAAUAGCGACCUUAAUCCCCUCCUGUACGUCAUCGUGGGUAAGAAUUUUCGUAAGAAGAUGUGGGAGGUGGGAAGAUGCAUAAAAAAUAUAGAGUUGUUUCCCUCACACACCUCAAUUAGUAAUACAGGAAGUGUUCCACUUAACUGUUAACUUAAACUACUGCUUCAUGACAUCACAAGGUGGAACAGAGCAUUUUGAGCUUUGGAGUUUAGACAGACUAAUAAUACAGAAUUACUCAAUGUGUGAAUCAAUCAAAACAUGAUUCCAGGUUUCUAACAUGGCUUAAAGCUCACAAGAGUACAUUUUUCAUAAUAUGGAACCUUUAAUAUUGAAACUGCAAUAACAAAUGUAACAAAAAGAAACACAAGAACAACAAAAACAAAUCUUGGACCACACACUCGCAGAAACCACACUCGUCCACAGGGGAAGUGAACUUAGCAUUCUCAAGGAAUGUUAUCAUUUAAUGCUCCAUAGAAGUGUAAUACUCCCUCUGUAAAUAAUUAUUCAUAUUCAUAUUUCUUUAGGAUUAUCAUCACAGUAAAACAUCAGGUCAGUAUUUCUAUCAGGUGCAUGUGUGAAUAUGAUUUUGCUAUUUGUAAUGAAGUGAAAUUAAUGUCUUGAAUUUGCACCAAUAUAAAGAAUAUUUGAUAAAUAUUUUGUACAUUUUGUUAAUGAAAAGAUCUGCAUUAUUUGCACUAACUUACAAUGUCACAAAUGAUAUGAGACCCAUCUGAGUGAAGAUAAUGUAAAAUAUAAUGAUCAACUCUGUGUUUCUUUGCCUUUUCACUCAUGUACAGAUGUAUUGAUGCCUUAUGUCAUAUUUAAUAAAAUGACAACACCCCCUUUUUGA